AUGGUAUUAACUUCAAAACAAAAGGAGGAAUUGAAUGGAUCAAUUUUAGAUUAUUUUGAAUCAUCACAAUAUAAAUCAAGUUUUGAAGAAUUUAAAAAAGAAACAGGUACAGAGUUAGAUGUUAAAAAGAAAGGAUUAUUAGAGAAGAAAUGGACAUCAGUUAUUAGAUUACAGAAAAAGGUAUUAGAUUUAGAGGCAAAGGUAGCACAAUUGGAAGAAGAAUUAAAUAGUGGAGGAGGUAGAGGAGGUGGUAGAGGUAGAGGUAAAGAGGAUGCAUUACCAAGGCCACCAGAGAAACACAUAUUAACAGGACACAGAAAUUGUAUCAACAGUGUUAAAUUUCAUCCAUCAUUUUCACUGAUGGUAUCAGCAUCAGAGGAUGCAACCAUCAAAGUUUGGGAUUUCGAGAGUGGAGAGUUUGAACGUACCCUAAAGGGUCAUACAAAUGCGGUACAAGAUAUAGAUUUCGAUAAAACUGGUAAUUUAUUGGCCUCUUGUUCGGCCGAUCUCACCAUUAAACUAUGGGAUUUUCAAACAUACGAUUGCGUUAAAACCUUACAUGGUCAUGAUCACAAUGUAAGUUGUGUUCGUUUCACCCCAUCAGGUGAUCAAUUGAUCUCAUCGAGUAGAGAUAAAACCAUAAAGGUUUGGGAAGCAGCCACCGGUUAUUGCAUUAAAACUUUGGUAGGUCAUGAGGAUUGGGUUAGAAAAAUUACAGUUUCAGAGGAUGGCAGUUGUAUAGCUUCUUGUUCAAACGAUCAAACCAUUAAAACUUGGAAUAUUGUUAAAGGUGAAUGUCUUGCAACUUACAGAGAACAUAGUCAUGUUGUUGAAUGUUUAGCUUUUUCAACUGCAAACAUUAUAGAUAUACCAGGUUCUCUCCUAUCAACCCCCGAAGGUAAAUCAAAAGUUAAACAAGGUCCUGGUGGUAAUUUAGUUGGUCAAUGUGGUUAUUUAGCUACUGGUUCAAGAGAUAAAACUAUUAAAAUUUGGGAAUUGGCUACUGGUCGUUGUUUAGCAACUUAUAUUGGUCAUGAUAAUUGGGUUAGGGCUGUAAGAUUCCAUCCAUGUGGUAAAUUUUUAUUAAGCGUUGGUGAUGAUAAAACAAUAAGAGUUUGGGAUAUUGCUCAAGGUAGAUGUAUCAAAACUAUAAAUGAAGCUCAUACACAUUUCAUAUCAUGUUUAGAUUUUUGUUUACACAAUCCGCAUAUUGCCACAGGUGGAGUUGAUGAUGUAAUAAAAGUUUGGAAAUUACAAUAA